AUGGCUCGCGAGAGUCCGGAGAUCGGAGAUGCAGAGGGCAGCUUGGAGGCGAUGCCGUCCUGCAAGGAUGAUGAGAAGUUGGCCUAUCGCCGGCUCAAGUUGCUGGGGCAAGGUUCCUUUGGAAAGGCCUUCUUGGCCAGGGAUCUCUCAAACAAUGAGCUCGUGGUGAUGAAGCAGGUGGAAGUGGAAAAGAUGGAUAGCAAGGCACGCGACACCGCGGUGCGCGAGGCGGUGGCCCUGCGCCGGGUGCAGCAUCCCAAUGUGGUUCGCUUUCGAGAGGUCUUCGUGCGUUCGGGCUGGCUGUGCCUGGUCAUGGAUUUCGCCGAUGGCGGGGAUUUGUGUGCCGCCAUCAAGGACCGUGCCAAGACAGGCGCUCCCUUCGAGGAGUGCGCAGUCUUGGAGUGCUUCAGCCAGGUCUGCGAUGCAGUGAGUUUCGUCCACAGCCUGAAGAUGGUGCAUCGGGACAUCAAGUCGAGGAACAUCUUCCUCUGCAGGACGGGGCGGGCCUUACUGGGCGACUUCGGAUUGGUGAGACUGCUGGAAUCCACCUGUGAUCUGGCGCACACCCGCGUGGGGACGCCCUAUUAUCUCAGCCCGGAGAUCAUUCGCAAAGAGCCUUACAACUACAAAACUGAUGUGUGGAGCUUGGGCGUUUUGCUGUACGAAGCUUGGCUGGAGAAGGGUUGCAUCGCGAAUGAGAUGGCGGCCUUGAAGCGGCCCUUCGUCGGCACCUUGGAGACUUUGCCGAAGAUCAUCAUCAAAGGCGAAUACGAAGCUUUGGGAUCUCACUACAGCCCUCAGCUCCACGAGCUGGUGGCGCGGAUGCUGGUGGUGGAGCCCUCCCACCGUUUGGACCUGCCCAGUGCCCUGAGGGACGAGCCGCUGGCGGCGCCCUUGCGGCGCUCGCAGGAAGCUUUGGGCCUCGUGGUGCGCAAGGCACGGGACCGUUGCGGGCGGUUGAGCCAGGAGCCGGUGACCUCCGGAACCUCAGAGUGGAUCGGCUACAAUACCAUGAUCCGCUCCAAGGAGAAAGACAAGGCCUUGGUCGAGACCUCCCCCGCCCACGGGCCCGAGCCGGAGGGCAGCCCGGAGGGCUGGAGCACGGCGCCGGCGGUCGAUCUGGAGGAGGAGCUCAACGCCUCAGACGACAGCUGGGGAUCCGUGGUGGACACCGGAGUGGAGGCCCUGCAACACCUGGUGCAGGAUGUGGGGCGAUACGCCUGA